AAUCAUCACCACAGGAGCAGCGAUUGUUGAUAUCCCCUGUCUUGAGUCUCAUCAUGGCGGCCUCUGCCCAGUCUAAGUCCAAGAAAUCCGCAGUCGCGAGGAAACCCAAGUCCUCGCCCUCACAUCCUCCUUUCGCCGAGAUGAUCACGGAUGCGAUCGCAAGUCUGAAAGACAGGACCGGUUCCAGCCAGUACGCCAUCACCAAGUUUAUCGAGGAGAAGCACAAGCAUUUGCCCCCCACUUUUAGGAAGCUGUUGCUGAACAAUUUGAAGAAAUCUGUGGCCGCUGGCAAGCUUGUCAAGGUCAAGAACUCCUUUAAGCUUCCACCCAAAAAGCCGGCUCCUGCUACCACGAAGCCUACAAAAUCAACCGUCAAGGCCGUCCCGAAGUCUCAGCCUAAGCCCUCCGCUAAACCAAAAGCAGCGGCUAAGCCUAAAGCCGUUGCCAAACCUAAACCCAAACCCACUGCUGCAAGAAGUGCGAAAGUGACUUCGAGGCCGGCCAAGACAUCGGCCAGGACCUCGCUAGGGAAGAGGGUAGCCAAGGCGGCAAACACUGUGAAGAAGCCCAAGAGCGUGAAAUCGCCGGCCAAAAAAGAGGCUGUCAAGAAGGCUAGGAAGUAGAAGUAGCGAGCGUUUGUUUGUUAGGGCAUGAGUUCAACUUAUGUAUCUGUAAAUUCGUUUGUAGAAUGGAAAGGAGUAUAUUUUGUUGGCUUCCGAAAGAGUAUUGCUCGUUUAUUUACUAAUGAAAAAAUGUUUCCAGUUGCAA